AUAAAAGAGUGCAGUUAUAAUUUAUUAAAUUUGAAUUCAUUAAAUUUAACAUCAGACGUUGAAUCCUUGACGAGUAUCACUAAUCGAACGUUGAAAGCUAUAAAGGAUCAAAAAAUCUUUUCGAUAUUAGGAUAUUUUCCAACAAUUUCUCUUGAGCUGAAAAACCGUGGUUGGGUGGAAAAACGAGAUCCUAACAGACCACCAAUAAAUUAUUUACAUUAUUUGAAAUCAUCACCAUACGUGGUUAAUUGGAUUGAAUCUCCUCCACUAAUAUCGUCAAUUAAUAAAAAUGAUGCCGCCAUAGAACGCUUGAAAAGCGUGCAAUCGUGGACUAUUCUUAAAAAUAAAAAAUCUGAUUUUAUUUUCGUUACUAGAAAACAGUUGAUUAAUUGGUCUAAUUUAAGUAAAUCGACAUCCAUCAGUCAGUUGCCAAGACACGUAUUUUGUACCAAAGAUGGUUUGGCACAAUGUUUGGAAUAUUACAAAAAUUCCGUGACAAAUUUGAUGUUUCCAAGAUGUCAUUAUAUUCGAUCCGAAGCAGAUAGUGAAGCAUUUGUGGAAGAUUACAUUACAACAGCAUUAGUAAGCACACUGAAGAUAAUAGUACAAGCUAUUGAGAAUAAUAAGAUGAUUUUUACAACAAACGGCAAUAUACCAUAUACAAUUAUUGAUUUUGUGAAACUAUGUAUAUUCAAAUUUCUGAAUAAGCAAAAAACUGGUAGUACAGAAAAAGAUAUAUGGAAGUUUAAGAAUCAAAAAAAAUUAUGGAACGAAUUUAUGAUUUAUUACUCAAAAUUGAUCAUCGAUAGAAAUGCCAAAUUUGACCACGAGUAUAUAUAUGAAUUAGAACUAGAUGUUUAUGCCAAAUGUAAAUAUUUACUCGGAGAAGUGAAAACAUAUUGUCCACAACACUAUAUAGAUGGGAUAACUAAUACAUGGAUAAUAAAGCCCACGUCAAACUGUUCUGGUCACGGAAUUAUGUUGUCUAGAGACUUGCACACUAUAAAACGAAAAAUCACUGUAGCAGAUGUAUUUAGAAAAAGUUGUAUUUUACAAAAAUAUAUAGAAAGACCCCUUUUGAUCUACACGUGUAAGAUUGAUUUGCGACAAUGGUUUUUAGUGACCAAUAUGAGUCCAGUAGUUGUGUGGAUGUACAAGGAGGGUUACGUUCGAUUUUGUGCAAAUAGUUUCUCUAUGAAAAAAAUGGAUGAAUCUAUUCACCUCAGCAAUGUCAGGUUGCAAACGAAAUAUCGAAAAAUUAGGAAUCCACAAGUACCCGAAGAAUGCAUGUGGAAUUACAGUGAACUACAAGACCAUUUGAGAAAAAUUGGACAAGAAUACGUAUGGGACGAAUUGAUAUUUCCCGGAAUGUGCGAAAGUGUUUACGUUGUAUUACAGGCCGCUACGGACUCUACGGUACACUGUGACAAAACUUUUCAAUUGUUCGGAGCCGAUUUCUUGAUCACCGAAAACUUUAUUCCGUAUUUGAUCGAGAUUAAUUCCACUCCCGGACUGAAUCCGUCGACGAGCGUUAUUGCCAACUUGGCUCCUAUUCUUCUUAGUGACAUCGUGAAAGUGACGGUGGAUUACGAAAAAAACUCGAAAGCCGACACGGGACUGUUUGUAAUGGUUGUUCCGGAAAAGUGUAAACCAGCCGCCGCCACGGUUCCUGUAGACAGCGGAAAACCCAUUGACUCGGUGGUAUAUGCAGUAGGGCCACCUGCGCUAACGACAGGUUACAACCAGCGGAUGGCCAGUAUGCAGAAGAAUCUGGCCGAAAUGCGGGUACAGAUGGUCGCCAAAAAGACUGAACGAGACGCACGACGUUAUGUGGGUGUAAACCGUGACCUAUUAUUGGGCAACAGGAACAGGAACUUAAUAUAAUAUAUAAUCCAGUGGUUGACACAAUUUCUUAAAUUUAUAAAUUAUUUGAUAGUAAGAAAUUAAUCAAUAAA